AUGCACAUAGAGACAGCCACGCACAAGGCUAUAGAAGUUUCCUCCAAGGCCCUGCUUGCUGCUCAGGUGCGUGCUGCUCAGGUGCGUGCUGCUCAGGUGCGUGCUGCUCAGGUGCGUGCUGCUCAGGUGCGUGCUGCUCAGGUGCGUGCUGCUCAGGUGCGUGCUGCUCAGGUGCGUGCUGCUCAGGUGCGUGCUGCUCAGGUGUGUGCUGCUCAGGUGCGUGCUGCUCAGGUGCGUGCUGCUCAGGUGCGUGCUGCUCAGGUGCGUGCUGCUCAGGUGCGUGCUGCUCAGGUGUGUGCUGCUCAGGUGCGUGCUGCUCAGGUGCGUGCUGCUCAGGUGCGUGCUGCUCAGGUGCGUGCUGCUCAGGUGUGUGCUGCUCAGGUGCGUGCUGCUCAGGUGCGUGCUGCUCAGGUGCGUGCUGCUCAGGUGCGUGCUGCUCAGGUGCGUGCUGCUCAAGUGCGUGCUGCUCAGGUGCGUGCUGCUCAGGUGCGUGCUGCUCAGGUGCGUGCUGCUCAGGUGCGUGCUGCUCAGGUGCGUGCUGCUCAGGUGCGUGCUGCUCAGGUGCGUGCUGCUCAGGUGCGUGCUGCUCAGGUGCGUGCUGCUCAGGUGCGUGCUGCUCAGGUGCGUGCUGCUCAGAUGCGUGCUGCUCAGGUGCGUGCUGCUCAGGUGCGUGCUGCUCAGGUGCGUGCUGCUCAGGUGUGUGCUGCUCAGGUGCGUGCUGCUCAGGUGCAUGCUGCUCAGGUGCGUGCUGCUCAGGUGCGUGCUGCUCAGGUGCGUGCUGCUCAGGUGCGUGCUGCUCAGGUGCGUGCUGCUCAGGUGCGUGCUGCUCAGGUGCGUGCUGCUCAGGUGCGUGCUGCUCAGGUGCGUGCUGCUCAGGUGCGUGCUGCUCAGGUGCGUGCUGCUCAGGUGCGUGCUGCUCAGGUGCGUGCUGCUCAGGUGCGUGCUGCUCAGGUGCGUGCUGCUCAGGUGCGUGCUGCUCAGGUGCGUGCUGCUCAGGUGCGUGCUGCUCAGGUGCGUGCUGCUCAGGUGCGUGCUGCUCAGGUGCGUGCUGCUCAGGUGCGUGCUGCUCAGGUGCGUGCUGCUCAGGUGUGUGCUGCUCAGGUGUGUGCUGCUCAGGUGCGUGCUGCUCAGGUGCGUGCUGCUCAGGUGCGUGCUGCUCAGGCCGCAAGCACCGGGUUUUCACAGGUGUCGCUCUUGUGCUGCCAGCUGUUACUGAGAUUUCCGUCUGUUACUGUGCCAUCACUCCCUCUCACGCUUUCCCGCAUCUAUGCACCCUCUCCCUCUGAUGCUACUUCCUCCCUCCUCUCCUCUCCCUUCCCCACCUGUACCCCCCUGUCUCCUCUCGACCUGCAUUCCCUGCUCUCCCAAGCAGACCCUCUGAUUGGCCGGUCGCCUCUUCUCCGCUCGUUCCACGAGUGCACUCAGUUUGCAUCAUUGUCGCGAGGGGAGAUCGAGGCGUAUGUGGGAACAGGCAAACUCAUGGACAAGGCAGGGGGUAUAAUGUUUCCCAGCCCUCCCCACCCCCUCACACUCCCCAUUCCCUCACACACUCUCUCCCACCCCCCGGCAGCUCUCCCCACCGCCCCACUCUCUCCUCGUGCCGACAUGCUCCCUCUUCCCCCCCGGCAGGUGGAGUUUGCAUCAUUGUCGCAAGCAGAGAUCGAGGCAUAUGUAGCGACAGGAGAGCCCAUGGACAAGGCGGGGGGGUACGGCAUUCAGGGGCUGGGCGGGUGUCUGGUGAAGGCGAUCAGCGGGUGCUACUUCAACGUCAUGGGACUGCCACUCAACAGGUAG